UUACCGAAGUAUACGGUAAUCAAAUUUAUUGAAGCCAUUAUGGAAGUUUAAUAUGUGUUAGUAUAAGGCCGGAGGAGUUGUUCCCCUUAGUAGUUUUAAGCUAGACCUCUGUAUCUUAGAGUUAUCCCGCUUGAUAAAGCAUUGUAUAGCAUUUCCCAGUAGGCAAAGUUAACUUCCGGUCAUUCUCAUUUUGAACAAGCACGAGUGUGCAGGAAUUUUAAUUUUGUCAAUUUGGACGGUCACGAUGCCGAGAGGAAAAGGUACCAGGCGAAAAGGAUCAAGGGUGGCCUUGUCGCCGCCCCCUGCGAAGAAAAGAGGGGGAAGGCGAGCUGUUACAGAUGCUGGGAGGUCUGAGGCCGCCGUCGGAGAGAAUUCUUGCAAUUCACGUGCACGUGGUCCGCAAUCAGAAUCGUCCUUGGUGGAGAUCCACGUGGAGGAGGGUGUGACAGGUUGUAUAAGUACGGAGCCCGUGCCAGACUCUAGUAGGGUGCAGGCUCCGGUUACUGAUUCUGAUAAUGCAUGUGGCAGUGUAUUUUCGCCUGAAAUUGAGAUUAUCCCGCUAGAAUCCGACUCCAUAGGUAACCAUGUGCCCAGGGCUUUGAAACAAAAAAUUUGGGGCCAUGAAUAUAUUAAUUUGGCCCUUCUGUUAAAGGGAUAUUCUGAAUUAAAUGAAUUUUGUACGAGCGCACCGAUGGUUGUCGGAUCUAGUGGGGUGAUUGAGACCCGUCCGGCUAUUUGUAAAGAAAAAAUUACUAAUAUAGAGAAAUGGACGGAUGCCUUCCACAUCUUUAUGUCCAUUUAUUUGGAGAGGUUUCCCCACAAGACCCAGGAGCUUUUGCAGUAUAUUAGCACGAUACGGGGGGCAGCUUCUCAGGGGGUGUCUGGGGGUUGGCAGAUUUAUGACGAGCAAUUUAGGGCACGUCUUAGUCAAUCUCCUGGUUCACCUUGGAAUCAAAUUAAUUCCAACCUUUGGUUCAGGGUAAUGACCCCUCAAGCUGGAGGGAUGGGUAAGAACAACCAGGCAAAGGAUUACACUAAAGAUUCACAAGUAGGAAAUUAUAAACCCUCAGGAGCUUGCCAUGCCUUCAAUAAGGGUAACUGUAAAUGGGACAAUUGUAGGUUUGCUCAUGUUUGCAGUAUUUGUGCAGACAGUCAUAGUGCCACACAAUGCAAGUCUUUUCGAGCCUCAGCUGAAAAUUCCAGACAGGGAAAAGGUCUCACUGCUAAUGUCCAAUCUGGGAAAAACUCCAAUAAAUAGUGAGAAAUUACAACAGGAGUUGUUGGAUUACCCAAACCAUGAGGUUACACAGGAGCUUGUUAACGGUUUUUCUAAUGGUUUUUCUUUGCACUAUCAGGGGGUUAGGGAAAUCACAGAUUGUGUUAAUUUAAGUUCAGUUAGACAGUGUGUUGACCUAGCCCUUCAGAAAGUUCAAAAGGAGGCGGAUUGUGGAAGGGUGGCUGGUCCAUUUAAGGAAAGACCUUUACCAAAUUUGAGAAUUUCUCCUUUAGGACUCGUUCCCAAGAGUACCCCUGGGGAAUAUCGUUUGAUUCACCAUUUAUCUCAUCCUAAAGGUAAUUAUGUUAAUUCUGGUAUUGACCCAGAUUUGUGUUCAGUUGAGUAUACAAAAUUUGAUUCAGCUAUUGAAUUAGUACACAAUUUAGGUCAAGGGGCAUUAUUAGCAAAAUCUGAUAUUAAAUCAGCUUUUAGGUUAUUACCAAUAUCGCCACAAGAUUUUGAAUUAUUGGGAUUUAAGCUUCAAGGUUUUUAUUACUUUGAUAAAUGUUUACCAAUGGGCUGUUCAAUAUCGUGUAGCUUAUUUGAGAAAUUUUCGAGUGCUUUAGAAUGGAUAGUGCAGAAGAAGUUGGGGAAACAAUCUGUAUUGCAUUAUCUUGAUGAUUUCUUAUUUGGAGGUAAAGCUGGUUCCACCCAAUGUAAGACUUACUAGAUUGUUUUUUAGCUACUUGUGAAUACUUGGGGGUUCCCAUUGCUGAGGAAAAGACUCUGGGACCUUGCAUUGUGUUGUGCUUUCUAGGUUUAGAAAUUGAUACUGUAAACCUUACGAUAAAGAUUCCUUCGGCUAAAGUAACUGAGAUUUGUGAAAAGCUGAAAAAAGUCUCCACUAAAAAGAAAGUGACUUUGAGAGAUAUGCAGUCUUUAAUUGGGGCAUUGCAAUUUGCCUGUAGGGCAGUAAGACCUGGGCGCACCUUUUGUCGACGCCUUAUUAAUUCAAUUAAGGGUUUGACACAGCCUCAUCACCACAUUAGGGUUACUGGGGAGAUCAUGCAAGAUAUUGAGGCUUGGUUGUAUUUCUUUGAGAAUUUUAAUGGAGUCUCAUUUUUUCUGAAGAAGGAAUGGGAGAGUUCUCAUGCUUUGUGCUUGUACACUGACAGCGCGGGGGGUCCAGGAAUGGGCUUUGGGGCCUUUUUCAAUGGUAAGUGGUGUUUUGGAGUAUGGCAAGUCCAAUGGCAUAUUCAGGGCUUAACCAAAAGUAUUACAUUGCUUGAGUUUUUUCCCAAUUUUAGUAGCUGUUGUUGUUUGGGGAGAUUUACUGGCAAAUAGGAAGAUACUAUUUAGGUCGGACAAUACAGGAGUUGUCAGUAUCAUUAAUUCCCUAACAUCUAAGUUGGAUCUGGUUAGGAAACUUGUUCGUGUAUUUGUGUUGACCUGUUUAAAAUUCAACAUCUUGUGCAAAUGUGUACAUAUUUCUGGUACUGAUAACACUGUUGCUGAUUCAAUUUCACGUUUGCAGUGGGACAGAUUUUUCCAGCUAGUUCCAAGUGCAGAGCGGGAGCCAUACAUGGUGCCAAGCCAUCUUUGGGAAAUCUUCAAUUAGAGAUUGAGUUAUUGGUACAAAGUAGUUUAAGGUGGCAAGCCAUUAUCACGUUACCAAUUUUCAGUUGUGUUGAUGAACGCAUUAGAGUUAGCUAAUAUCCCAGCAGCCAAUUUUAAGACUCAUAGUUCUAAUAAAUAGGAAAGGUAGGGAAGUUGAGGGCCUUUGGGGGUAGAAUUAUACAUCAUACGGAAAUAUCCUUUGAUUGUCCUGGUCUGUUUCGUAGGGACGGCACUCAUUUGUCUGAUAUUGGUAAUGAUAUAUUUAUCACAGAUUUUCAAUUUGCACUUGAGGCAUUUGUGACUCAAAAUGCGACAGUAUUUUAGUUCUAGUUCCAAAUGAGUGAACAGGAUUUGUUGCCAGAUUGGGGCAGUAAGCUUUGCUUUCUGUGUGGCGGAAUUCUGGCAAGUUGGCGGCAGCAUGUGUCAAAAAGCAAAUUCCCCCUUUCAUUUUAAAGUGGUAUGGGUAUCCAGGGUAGGUCUGCUUGGUUUCCCAAGGGACAUAACUCAGGAGGAAAAGGGAUAAGGGGAGAUAACUCUGCAAGAGAUGGAUGAUAGAUCCAAGGUUAUGUGUUGGCCAUGGGGCCAUCAUAUUGGUUUAUAGGCAACUGCUUGGAGCACGGCGUGCUUAGCACAAGGGUUGUGUUCGCCUGGUUUCCCAGGGAACGGUCCUAUCUGGUUGCUGUUUGUCCGGUCACCAUGCUGGUGGGCAUUCAGCUGGAGAUAUCAGUCUCUUUGUGAGUUUCAGGUUUAUAUGCUUAUUGACUCAUGCUGCUGUCAUCUGGUUCAUAAAUCUGUGGCCUUCUCCCAGCUUGGUGUUUGAGUUGUUUGUAUGUAUGGAAUAAGGGUCUUGAAAUAAUACUGAUUACCGAAGUAUACGGUAAUCAAAUUUAUUGAAGCCAUUAUGGAAGUUUAAUAUGUGUUAGUAUAAGGCCGGAGGAGUUGUUCCCCUUAGUAGUUUUAAGCUAGACCUCUGUAUCUUAGAGUUAUCCCGCUUGAUAAAGCAUUGUAUAGCAUUUCCCAGUAGGCAAAGUUAACUUCCGGUCAUUCUCAUUUUGAACAAGCACGAGUGUGCAGGAAUUUUAAUUCCCACCCUCCCCUCCCUAAUUUAAUGAAUACCUUCAUUGUUUUCACUUUAUAUAUCUACACAGGUUAUAUGCCCGAAGUAAUUAUUAGCCAAAUUUUGCUGUUAGAUUUCUUUAUUUCAGUUAUCUCCAAAGUCAUCAGGACAUUUGGAAACAUAUACUUGGCAAGGACUCUGAACGGUGUGGUACAUGGGUUGCUAUACUUGGGAAAUCAUUCUGGAAAUAUGUAUUCUUUGCUUGCUAUUGGACUGUAAGUAUGGUCUUCAAUCAUCUCAUGGAUUCAAGUGUGAGUUUUUCUGGCUUGGACUGUUUAUGCCAGUGUGCUCAUCAUAAGAUCGCGUGCGUAGUUUAUAACGGACUGCACGACUAAAAGAGUUUAUUGAAAUGUGCCAUUGUUAUAUCUAAGGACUUUCAUACUGAAAUUCCAGUGGAUUUAUAGUGAUAUUAUUCCAAUUAUGUGCCAUUGUGUUGGACAGUGAUAGUGAUACUAAAUUGUGAAAUAGUAUUGACAGUUCAUAAUAACUCAUCAAUGUUUUAUUUGUUUAUCUUGUCGCAGAUUUGCUGUUUUGAAUAAAUUUGGCGGAAUUCUGGCAAGUUGGCGGCAGCAUGUGUCAAAAAGCAAAUUCCCCCUUUCAUUUUAAAGUGGUAUGGGUAUCCAGGGUAGGUCUGCUUGGUUUCCCAAGGGACAUAACUCAGGAGGAAAAGGGAUAAGGGGAGAUAACUCUGCAAGAGAUGGAUGAUAGAUCCAAGGUUAUGUGUUGGCCAUGGGGCCAUCAUAUUGGUUUAUAGGCAACUGCUUGGAGCACGGCGUGCUUAGCACAAGGGUUGUGUUCGCCUGGUUUCCCAGGGAACGGUCCUAUCUGGUUGCUGUUUGUCCGGUCACCAUGCUGGUGGGCAUUCAGCUGGAGAUAUCAGUCUCUUUGUGAGUUUCAGGUUUAUAUGCUUAUUGACUCAUGCUGCUGUCAUCUGGUUCAUAAAUCUGUGGCCUUCUCCCA